CCCUUCAACAAAGAAUCCUGUGCACAGUAGACGUUGUGUCGAUUGACGAACAUUGUCAACUGGAAGCUUUUUCGAUCAUUCACCCCUGAGAUAGCUGAGUGAUUGAAUGAUCAUUAUACCCCAGAAACCCCGACUUUUAGAUUCACUGUGGAGACGGCGAUCUACGGCUUAAUCGACAUAGUCUUAUAUUCUUAAACCUCUCCCCCCCCCAAAACAACAUACUCUUUUACAUUACCAAAGUUACACCUCCAUCACGGCGACACCAUUUCUAAAUCUUUACUUCCACAUCUAAUUGAGUAUUUAUUUCCCAAUAAAACAACUCUACAAUAUGAUGUCAAUCAAGAUGAUGUCGACAGUGCUCUUUGGCGCGCUAGCAGGCUUAACUGCAGCUCAAUCUCCCGGUGAAUCCUACACUGGAGUAGCUGGAAACAGCACCAUCGCGGGUUCCUCCCUCGGUCCCAACGCCAAUGGCAAAUAUGAGCUCUCUGCUCCGGGUAUCCGUGCAAACUUCAUCGCCUAUGGUGCAUCCAUCUCCAAUCUCUUCAUUAAUGAUACCUCUGGUAUCGAGCGUGAUAUUGUCGGAGGUUUCGAUAAUGCGAGCUAUUAUGGAGUAGAUAGACAACAUCCUCAUUUCGGCGGUGUACCAGGAAGAUACGCAAAUCGUAUUAAGAAUUCGAGCUUUGUUAUCGAUGGAGAGACGUAUAACGUUUUGCCGAAUGAAAAUCCGACAGCGGAUCACCCGGCCGGAGUUGAUACGCUGCAUGGAGGUCCAGAUGGUUGGGAUUGGAGAAAUUGGACUGUGGUUGCUCACACCACGAGUUCGAUUACCUUCAGUUUAACGGAUCCGGAUGGAGAACAAGGUUUCCCAGGAGAGGUUGUUAGUUAUGUCACUUACACUUUGACUAACAUGACCUGGUCAUUCAAGAUGAUUGCCAUUGCUACCACCAAGAAGACUCCUAUUAUGUUGAGCUCGCAUACAUACUGGAACCUUGACGGUUUCGCCAACAACGAAACGGCUACUGCUCUCAACCACUCUCUUUAUCUACCAUAUGGUGGACAACGAAUUGGUACAGACAGUAUCCUCAUCCCAACUGGAGACAUUGUCGCGAAUCAACCCCAAUCACUUAACGAUUUCUGGAGUGCUCCAAAACAAAUCGGAGCCAACUUUUCCAACCCAGAUUUACUAGGAAACUGCGGUGAAAAUUGCACCGGCUAUGAUACAGCCUACAUCACCAACCGUGAUCCCUCCACUCGCGCUGCAUGGCACACAUCCCCCGUCGCACGUCUCCGUUCCGCUUGGUCCGGUAUCCAAGUCGAUGUCUACAGCGACCAAGACGCUUUCCAAGUAUAUUCCUGUGGAGGACAAAACGGAUCCAUGGCUCUCAAAGAAACUCAAGGACUUUUCAAUGUCUCAGAUAGGCCCCGUACAAUCCAGCAAUAUGGAUGUGUCGUUAUGGAAGUUGAGGACUGGAUUGAUGGAAUCAAUCAGCCUGAAUGGGGUAGAAAACAAAUCUGGGGUCCGGAAGAUGGCCCAUAUGUUUUGGAGGCGAAGUAUAAGUUCAGUUUGAACAGCACAGACAUGGGACUGUUGGGUGAGGGAUCGGGUUAAGGUUGGUAAUGAUUUGUUUGCAUGGGGUUGAUCUUUGGGCCGAAGAUCUGAUCUAUUUCGUAGUAUCUAGGACGUUCAAGACUGGGUCUUGGUGGGGAAUUAUAGUAAUUUAAAGUCUACCUAGUAGUUAAUUAAAAGUCCCAGUUUC